UGCGGAUCUUCCCACAUUUUUGACAAGUUUUCGGCCGCUGCAAGCCAUGGCGGCCCGCGGAUGGUCAGUUUUCAUCCUUUGUUUGCUUGUUGCAACUUUGAGAAUGGGUUUUACUUGGGUGGAAUCUCGCUAUUCUUUUCGGUCUAGACCAUUCCGUCUACGAGGCCUGGAAAGACAGGCUCGGCAAGAGCGCUCCAGCUAUGAUUCCUCUCCCGAGUGGACGAAAUCCGUAGUAAAUGGCUUGACCGGCCUUGUGAAUGGCGUGAUGGGCGGAGAAGCCCCACCACUUCCUCAAAGAAGAUUUGAUAAAAUUGGAUCGCAGCAAUUGCUAGAAGGCAUCAGAGCUGACUUCGAAGAAAGACAGUACCUGUGGUCUGGAGACAUUGAUCUUGAGCUGUAUGAUGAGGACUGCUCAUUCACAGAUCCAACUAUAUCUUUCCAAGGGCUCUCAAAGUUCCAGUCCAACAUGCGUAGCCUGGCUCCGAUUGUGGAUACGCUUGUUCCAAAGGAAAAGAGGAGAUGCAUCCUCCGGGACAUCAAGCUUGACAAUGGAGAAGUUUUCGCCAAGUGGCGAAUGGUUGGAGAUAUUCAGCUUCCCUGGUCACCACGCAUUGACAUUGGGGGCCAAACCAGGUAUUCACCAGGAACAGACGGGCGCAUCCAAACAUACUUUGAGCAAUGGGAUAUUGAUGCAGGAGAAGCCUUGGCCCAACUUGUUCAACCUCGAAGAGAGGCCGUUGACCAUUGGCCAAUGCAAUUGGAUGGCGCACCACCACCCAAGCCUGCUAUUCUUUUCAACGAGCCACAGCCUGUGGUGCUACUCCCUGGCUUCGGUAAUGAUGCCCGAGACUAUUCAGAGCCACUGGGUCAAGAUGAAGCAGUCGGACUAAGAGCAUGUUUAGAAAGGCGGAAUUUGUUGACCUCAGUAGUGCCAGUGAAGCGAAGUGACUGGCUGCGUGUUUUCGUGGGGAUCCUUCUUGAUGAUGAUGCGCGCGCUGGCAAUGGAACAGCUCAAGGUGCGUAUAAGUGGUAUUUGGAUCUCACACAAGAAGCAAUUGAAGACAGCUUCAGAUCUACUGGCAAAGCAGCGGUUCUGGUCGGCCAUAGUGCUGGAGGCUGGCUUGGGCGUGCAGUGCUUGAGAGAGAAGGGCGCGAAUGGACGCAGAAGCAUGUGCAAGGGCUAGUGACAUUGGGAACCCCGCACAAGCCCCCCCCAGAGGGGCAAAUGGAUAUGACUUUUGGAUGCCUCCGCAACUUGAACAAAGCCCAUCCUGGAGCAUACUUCUCAGAUGAUAUGUUUUAUGUGUCGAUCGCGGGCGAUGCUGUGGUUGGACAGAAGAUUGAGGGCAACAUACCUAUCGUUGAGCUGAUCCAGUCGCCAUCGCCGGAGUCCACUGCUUGGAACAGCUACCAGGCCCUGGGUGGUGUGGGAAAUCUCACUGGAGACGGUCUCGUGCCGGUGGAAUGGGCUCACCUUCCUGGUGCUGAGCAGCUCACCAUCAAGGGCUGCUUGCAUAGCAUCAAUAUCGCAGGAACAACACUUCCUACCAAUAGCUCUUACUUGUGUGAGAGCUUCGUUGACCAAUGGUUGGAAAAGGUCCUUGGGGCAGUGAAUGCAGUCAGCGCCACCUCCGGAGCUUGAAGCUCACCACUUUUGGAAAGCCUGGCGUUCUUUUCUGUUCAGACAGGAUUGCUUGCUUGGUGC